UUCCAAUCGGCAAGAAAGGAAUGAAUCAAUGAAUCAAUGAAUGGUGUCCCACUAACUAUCUAGCAUCCAUCCAUGGCUGUCACAUCUCUUCUGCCCGAUUCCUCCGUGGAAUUGGUCAAGCACACCGUGCGCUCGACAUCGACCUGCUCCAAUGCCACAGUGUUGUCCCUCCAAACACUCUUCCGCGGCUCACCUCACCCGCCAACGACCGAGAUCGAGAGCGCAACGGUAAAGCGGGCGGGACGCACUACGAAACCCACGGCAACGGCCGCAACGAAAACGAGUCGAACAAAGCCAACGACGUCGCGGGCGACGAAGACGAAAACAUCCGUGCAGGAAGCGGCACUCACAACCCUCGCGGAGAAGGAUGCGGCGCGGCUAUCGAACCAGGAGAAACUGGUUCUCGCUACAGAGGUAUUCAAUACAACCUUGAAGACCCUUUCGGAUGCCUUGAAGGUAGUAGCGACCGCCAAGCACCCCCGGGUUUCGGGGACCAGCACGCCUGUGCAAUCCACUCCGCUGAAACGAACCGCGAAAUCGAAAACAUCACCUGGGACAGACAAAGGAGGAGCCCUGGAGCCCGAGAGCGGGGUCUGCGCUGUAGCUGAAUGCGCGAGGAUGUCGCUUUCGUGCUUGAGGAUGCUCAACCCCGACCAGGCGAGUGGGUCCGACGGGUUCCCGAAUAUCCAGCUCGAACAGGGUGCGUGUGUGCUGGCGGGCCGGUUACUCUCCCUGGGCUUGAAGGACAUGGCCUAUAAGGAACUGAGAAGUCUCAAGCGGAGGAUGCAGCAAUUUCUUGACGCGCAAGGCACGGGUCGGAGAAGGGCGGUGGAUAAGAAAGGCGCUUGGAACGACGAGGAAGAACAACCGCUGAAGGAACGAAUGUCCGAUCUUUUGUCUUUCUCGAAUAUUUCCAAAGCUCGUGCUGUGUAUGGUCUGCUGGUUUCUUUUCAGUCUCAUGCGCUGCGACUUAUCGCGUCGGAGAACCGACCCGCCACUGUGCAGAAGGUCGUUUCCUCGCUGCAGAUGACCGACUCGAGCAGCCCGGCGAUUGUUAUAAUGAGCGCGAUCGAAUCAGGAGCCCUGCCCAAAGAUAAGGGAGCGCUUCAGCUUCAGUCACUGUCCAGCCUUGUGCUGUCGCUGUCUUCCGCUACGCAGCCCAGCGGCGGUGUCGCCAAAGAUCGCUUGAAGCCAAUUACGGCAGUGACCCUCCAGCUUCUGGCACUCGAGAUCCGCUGUUUGUCCUGGAAAGUAUCGGGUCAUAUCUGUGAGGACAGCAGAGAAAUGUGGGAUCCGCUAGCCCGCUAUCUUGGGGCUUUCGUCCAUGCAAGCAAGGGAAUAGAAAAGGCAGAGUUUGCGGCCUUAUACAAGACUAUUGUUCGGCUCCAAUCGGCUGUUGCAAAGUCACAGAAUCAGCCACCGGUCAACCCCAAGGACAAUGUGUCAGUUGCUAGGAUUGCGACUAUUCUGGGACAGCUGGCCCAAGACGCAGGCUGCUUUGAAGAGGCUCUGCAACUUUUCACAGAAUCCCUCCACCCUCUCUCAAGCGGACAAUGUCUUGGACUAGCCACCGUUCGGUGUAAAAUCGCAUCACUUCAGUUUCAGGCCCUUAGGGCUUCGCUUAAACUUCCCUCUACUGACCUGGCGGUUGCUGUCUCAGAGGCCACCACUGCAUUGAGUCUACCGUUGAAAGGAAGCCCUGCGGACCUGGACGAGCUGCUAGUAGAGGCAGCCAAGCUCAAAAAGCUCGCGAUGGGCUGGUUUGGAGAAGUGAUAGCCAAAGAAAAGCAACACGAAAAAAAUCAAAACGAAACUUUGCCUCGAGUCUACGGAUACCUAACCGGAUUUGUGCGCUUUCUACGCCGGUAUAUCGGACGACGACCGGAUGAAGAGGCAAAAGAUCAACAGUCGUUCUUCCAGCGCAUUACUGCAUCCCAAAGCAUUGUCUUCGCCGCUGUAGACUCUGCCGUCGCGGUGGGAAAGCUGUCUGUUAUGUCUCAGAGGCCGCCCUGGGAUGACAUUGUUCCAACAUUGAUCGAUUGCCAGCGCGUUCUUACUACGAUUGAUUCCUCAUGUGACGAACUCGAGUCUUCAAUCGCCGAAACCAUUGAUCUAGCCCUGGUCAAGCUGUCGAACUUGUUCUGGUCGCGCUACAUCAAGGAAAAGGAGAGUGGGAAAGGCGGCCGUGAUCUUUUACCCUUGCUGAAACAAUCCGCCACCCUACUGUCUGGUUGUUCACCAUCCCAGCGGCUAACGGGGUUUUCUCCAUUGAAAUUCGAAAGGCUUGCUCAUACGUACCUGGAAGGCAACUUGACUUCUGAUGCAGAAAACGCGUUCCGUCAAUCGAUUGGGGAACAUAUCGUGACCGGUGCACUUGACAAGCUCGUAUCGAAUCCUGUUGGAUGUUUUCCUCAUCGAGUCAGCCAGGAUCCCAAGACUAGUGGAUUCCUUCUUGGCCGGGUUCUUUCUGGCUUUUUGAAAGUCAAAUUACGAAACAAGAAAUCGAAAGCCCAAGAUCUCUUCGACGACGACACGCUUCCACCGGCCCAAAGAGGCCAUGUUCUGGAGUGGCAGAUGGGUAUACUAACUGAGCAACAUCCCAGCACAUACAGUGAUGACUCAUUUUUUGGGUCUGUUUUCAAUGAGCUCCUCUCAAAGCUUUUCGACGUGUACUCGACGCACGAUCACCCAAUUCGCCGGCUCCGUGUGGUUCUCUGCGGGCUCCGUUUUGCUUUAGAACACCCCGGAUCUCUCGACGCUCCGCUCCUGCAAACCCUACUUGAAGGAGGUACCGAUCUUAUCGAGAACGACCCGGGAUAUGGCAACGAUGCGGAUAUUUCAUGCCUAGCCCACCAUCUCACAACUUCGGUCCGUUUAACACUAGGUCUUCAUCAGGGUAGUCUUGAGCCCGAUCAGCUGAAUCUGGUUAUUUCGUCCUGGACUUUGAUGGUGCGAGACUGUCCAGACUUGAAGUCAUUACUCUCACGAGUUGGCGAUGUGGAGUACCUCGUUCUCCAGAUGAAAGCUGUUGUCGACUACACCGAAAUCCACGGUCUUUGGAAAUUUCAACUUUCAGCCCUCGAAUUGGUGCUACGUGUCACUGAGUUACAAGGUUGCAGUGCAUUCUCUGAGGCGAUUAUGGUUCUUUCCCGUCUUGUGCUGCAGUAUUGUCGUCUAGGAUACUGCAGCAAAGCGCAUGCCCUUCUCAAUCGUGCAGAUGGAUAUCUCAGUCAUAACGAGGUGUCCUGCUUAGCGAAGCUUUCUUACGAACUAGCUCGUGUCGGAUUUUUCCUGGAGACAGGAGAAACUGAAAAGGCAGCUACCACUCUUUUAACGGCUCGAACACUUUACGAGAAGAACCAGACAGUACAGGACCUUAAUACCUGCUCUGUGUUGACCAAAAUCGCGUGGGAAAGACUCGUGGCCGACGCUGCCUUUAUGAACUCACAACUCUCAUUUGCUCAAGGCUCGAUCAAGGAUGCCCUCUUCUAUGCCAAGCUGUCGGUCAGGUUGAACUGCAGGAUUUGGGCCAAGGUGGAGAAACUCGCUCAGAGGAAACAAGAAAAGGCUAUCGCAGCAGGGGACAGUUCUGAGCUGGAGGUCGUGGUGGAGGGAAUGGCUAAGCUUGAGGUUUCGCAAGCGUCUACUUCCUCCACAUAUUCUCAAGGUGCCCCAUUCUGGCCUCAUAUUGGGUCUCACCACAGCUCAUUGUUAAAUCUGGCGAACCUCUCUGCACAUCAUGGUUUAUUCCAGGAUGCUAUAUAUUACGGGGAACAGGCAAUGAAGAUUAACAAGACACUUAAUGCUAAUGUCCGUUUGAUUUCUUCUCAGGCACAGCUGGGCUCUCACUGGAUUCUGGGGGGCCAUCUCCCCGAAGGGGAGGAGCUCCUCACGGCCGCGAAGGAAUUAUCUGGACAGCUAGAAAACAGCAUUGAGCUUGUCUCGCUGCAAAUGAGUCUUGCCGCUCUUCACAGGGCAGAGGGAGACUACGCUACCGAGUUACAGGCUCUUCGGAACGCCGAGAAGCUUAUUGAUGAGUGCAUUGGCUCUGAGACCGCCAGCAAGUCAUGUGCAGCUUCCUCUAUUCCCGAAUUAUCAGAAAAAAUGGACAAACUACGAAUACGGCCGAGCAGCAGAGCCAGCAGCAGAGCGAGCACCAGAAAUACCAGGCAAACAACGACAAAUAGAAGGACUCGCGCGGCGACCGUUUCCGCUCGAAGUGCGCCAACCCCGUCUCCCCCGAGCCCUGAGCCAGCAGAGACAGAGUCAAGCACUCUCCUGCAAAUAAGGAGUGACAUUCUACGACAUCAGGCUGCUUGUUUGCGCGCACAACGGGAGUUUGGGAAGGCAUUCGAUUUGUUAAAUGAUGCUCGGAAAUUCGCCGUCACUAGGGAUAGCAAGAUAUCACAACACAUCGGAGAAAGUGAGCAUCUUCUGGCUGACGCCAUUCGACACUUUGCAACACACGCAGUUUACUGUGUCCUUCCCGAAUCGACUAUCUCGCUGCCAUCGUUACAACCAUCUAGCAGCAGGGCUGCAAGCGAGGCCGGUACUUCGAGCAAAUCAUCGACCUCACGGAGAACUAGGGCACCUACGCGGGGAACACGCUCCAAAGCUCAGCAGUCAACCGAUGACUUCUCUAUCAUGCUCUCCAAGGCGGGGGAGUGUUUGAACAACAUUUUUCAAACCGCUACUAUCCUGGGAUCCACACUUGACAGUCACUCUGCCUCUCGUCUCAUGAGCCGGAUAUCUAUGCUGUCCCAUAUCACAGCCCCUCAGAAUCCAAUGCCGUGGUCCCAAUCACCGGCCAACAUGAAUGAAAUUGGCCGGAUUGGAGCUUUUGCACGAGAGCGUGCCGCUAUCGGGAUCGACAAGCACUUGGCCGAAUAUUGCGACCCGCUACUCUGGCCUAGCCCGGAUAUUGCGACAGAUUGCAGCGAGGACCUGUGCCCUGAUUUCGCCGACGAGUACGUCAAUAUACUUCCAGAUACCUGGAACGUUCUUUCUCUGUCCUUGAGCGCCGAUCAGACGGAAUUCGUAGUAUCUCGACUGCACCGGGGCCGCUCUCCCUUCUUGCUCCGUCUUCCGCUCAAACGAGGGAACUCUGAGGAUGACGAGGAGGAGCAAUUUACCUUUGAGGAUGGAAGGGACGAGAUGCAGGAGAUUAUUCGGCUGGCGAACGAAAGCGCCCAUGCGGCGAAACACCAGGUGGACCGGCAAGCGAAGAAAGAAUGGUGGAAGAACCGGGGGGCUCUGGACCGUCGAUUGGAGAAUCUUCUCCAGAACAUCGAGAAUGUUUGGUUUGGAGGGUUUAGGGGAAUCUUCUCACCGAUUCCACACGACACCAAGGCUUUGGCGCGGUUUGCAAGCUCAUUUCAGACUAUUCUCGAUAACCAUCUUCCCUCACGACAAAAGGGCAGUCGGGCAGAGGGUCCCCGGUUAACGCUGCACCCGAAUGUGCUGGAACUGUUUAUUGGCGUUAAUGACUUGGGGGACCAGGAAGACCCAGAGGAUACGUUGAUGGAUCUUCUUUAUUUUGUCGUGGAUAUUUUGCAGUUCCAGGGCGAACGCAACGCAUACGAUGAGAUUGAGUUUGACAUGAUGGUGGUUGAAACGCUGGAUGCGGUCAAGGCUUAUCAUGAGACCACCAAGAAUGCGAGCGGACAAGGAAAGCCCAACAACACUGUCCUCGUCCUGGAUAAAUCCCUGCAUCUGUUUCCCUGGGAAUCACUCCCCUGCCUGCAGGGGCUACCUGUGUGUCGUGUGCCAUCUCUGGAGUGUCUUCGGGACCGAAUUCUACGAUUCCGCCACGAACGCGCAAAUCCCGCGGGGAUCAGCUUCGGCAUUGACCGACACAAUGGCACCUACGUCCUCAAUCCCACGGGAGAUUUGCAGGCAACCCAGGGAACCUUUGAGAAAGAUCUAUGCGCCCUGGAGGGUUGGAACGGAAUUGUCAAUCGACAACCUAGUGAGGACGAAUUCAAGGACGGCCUAGAGUCCCAAAGCCUCUUUCUCUAUUUCGGACAUGGUAGCGGCGCACAAUACAUCCGAGGCCGCACCGUCAAGCGGCUAGACCAGUGUGCGGUCACCUUCCUCAUGGGCUGUAGCAGUGGCACCCUGACCGAAGCUGGCGAGUACGAACCGUACGGAACCCCGAUGAACUAUCUCCAGGCGGGGGCCCCAGCGCUGGUGGCUACAUUGUGGGACGUGACCGAUAAAGAUAUCGAUCGGUUUGCCAAAGCCACCUUUGAGCAUUGGGGUCUGUUGGCCAGCAAGGAAGAAAGUGGUGAAGAUACCAAAGUGGCUCUCGACGCAGCCGUUGCUCAGUCGCGCCAGGCGUGUGUGUUGAAGUACUUGAACGGCGCUGCGCCCGCUGUCUAUGGCGUUCCUGGUGUAUUUUUGGAGUAA